CCUUGCUAUGCGGUAUCCUUUAGAGGUCCAUACUCUGACGUCCCCCCACUGAAGUUGCCAUCUAUAACGGUUAAAGUAAAGGUUAAGGUUUGGGUUAGGUAAGGGUUGUUGUUCCGGUUAGGGUUAGGAUAAUGGUUAAGGUUAGGAUUUAGGGUGUGGACGUCCCAAGUAUCCCUGUUUGCAGUAACCAAGAAAGCAUAGACGAUUGCGCGAGUUGAAGAAGUAGGGCUCGCCUGUACUACACGACAACAAAAUCGUUUAAUUCAAAUAUUUACCAUUUUCAAAAGUUGGUACUCUAAUUGUAUCUACAUUUACAAUUCAACCUGGAGGGACAGAAACGUAACGGGUGCCGUUACUGGAAGAAAAGCGCUAUAGAUUUAUCCGAAACUGGAAUAUUAUGGGAGCUGUUUUGGCGGCCUUUUCUGUCGCAAGCUGGGUGCCGUGUCUGUGUAGCAGUGCGACAUGCUUGUUGUGCAGAUGUUGUCCCCAGAGCAAGAACUCCACGGUAACACGAGUCAUCUACGCCUUCAUCCUGUUGCUAGGGACCAUUAUAGCCUGUAUCAUGCUGUCACCAGGAGUGGAUGAGCAGCUAAAAAAGAUUCCUGGGUUCUGUGAAGACGGAGCAGGCAUCAAUGGAAACAUCAACUGUACGAUCUUAGUGGGCUAUAAAGCCGUGUACCGGGUGUGCUUCGGAAUGAGCAUGUGUUUCCUGGCGUUCGCUCUGAUCAUGAUCAACGUGAAGAACAGUCGAGACCCGCGCUCCGCCAUCCACAACGGGUUUUGGUUCUUUAAGGUGGCUGCCAUGGUUGCCGUGACAGUCGGUGCCUUUUACAUUCCUGAAGGGCCUUUUACUCGCACGUGGUUUGUGGUGGGUACCUGUGGGGCGUUCUGCUUCAUCCUGAUCCAGCUGGUUCUGCUGGUGGACUUUGCCCACUCCUGGAAUGAAUCCUGGGUGGACAACAUGGAGAGAGGGAACUCCAGGGGCUGGUACGCAGCCUUGCUCGCUGUAACUGGACUCAACUACGUCAUGGCCUUUAUCGUUAUCAUCCUGAUGUACAUGUUCUACACUCGGUCAGAGGGCUGUCUACUCAACAAGUUCUUCAUCAGCUUCAACUUGCUCCUCUGUGCCGUAGCCUCUGUUGUGUCUGUCAUGCCCAGAGUACAGGAAUCCCAGCCCCGAUCUGGUCUACUCCAGUCCUCCAUCAUGACCAUGUACACCAUGUAUCUGACCUGGUCUGCAAUGACCAACGAGCCUGACCGGACAUGCAACCCCAGCCUGCUGAGCAUCUUCCAGCAGACACUGGUGCCCACGCUGGCCCCUCUGGAGAUUAAGAACCAGACGGCUGUGGUGAUCAUCGGCACCGAGGAGCCCAUCCUGUCCUCUCCCUAUCUGCAGUGGUGGGACGCCCAGAGCAUCGUGGGAUUGGCCAUCUUCGUUCUAUGCAUCCUCUACUCCAGCAUCCGCUCAUCCAACACCAGCCAGGUGAACAAGUUGACCAUGGCCUCCAACGACACGGUGACCCUGGAGGAGAGUAACGCAGGCACACCGGACGAAGAGGUGGGAGGGACGGGUACGGGGAGGAAUGGACCCGGGCGUGUGGAGGACAACGAGAGGGACAUGGUCCAGUACAGCUAUUCCUUCUUCCACUUCAUGCUCUUCCUGGCUUCGCUCUACAUCAUGAUGACUCUCACCAACUGGUAUAGUCCUAAUGCAGAAUACAAUGCCAUGACCAGCAAGUGGCCGGCGGUUUGGGUGAAGAUCAGCUCCAGUUGGGUGUGUCUCACCCUCUAUGUCUGGACCCUGGUCGCCCCCAUGAUACUCAUCAACCGGGACUUUAGCUGAAAAGGUUUCCGCUAACGCAGUAUUCUUCUUUCACUUUCCUUAUCUUGAUUCCUGAUUUUGCUUCGUUUUUUUACGUUUUACAUAAACAUUGACCUUAUUGCCUACUGUACAUUUCACGUGAUUUUCAGUCAUAAUGGACUGUGUUGUUUUGUGUAUUAGAUGUUGAUGGUUUUUCAUAAAAAUAUCUCUUUAGUUAGCGUUUUAGAUCUAUUACAGUAGAUAGAUUCACACAUGAACCUGGUGUUAAAUCUCCAGCCUUGUGGUACAUUUUACAUUUUAUGCAAUUUGGGACCAAACGCAGGGAUAGUUGACCUUCAUGUCAAAGGAACAUCAUUCAUUUAAAAAAAUGUCCUUUAUCUCAUGGCAAGAAAAGUAUGUUAACCCUUUGGAAUUACCUGGAUUUCAGCAUAAAUUGAUCAUCAAAUUUGAUCUGAUCUUCAUCUAAGUCACAACAAUAGACAAACAUAGUGUGCUUAAACUAAUAACACACAAAUUAUUCUAUUUUUUGUCUAUAUUGAAUACAUCAUUUAAACAUUCACAGUAUAGGUUGGGAAAAGUAUGUGAACCCCUAGGCUAAUAACUUCUCCAAAAGAUAAUUGGAGGUAGCUAACCUGGAGUCCAAUCAAUGAGAUGAUAUUGAAGAUGUUGGUUAGAGCUGCCUUGCCCUAUAAAAAACCCUCACAAAAUGUGAGUUUGCUAUUCACAAGAAGCAUUGCCUUAUGUGAACCAUGCCCCUAACAAGAGAGAAUUCAGAAGACAUAAGAUUAAGAAUUGUUGACUUGCAUAAAGCUGGAACAAAAGUAUCUCUAAAAGCCUUGAUGUCCAUCAAUCCACAGUAAGACAAAUUGUCUAUACAUGGAGAAAAUGUAGCGCUGUUGCUACUCUCCCUAGGAGUGGCUGUCCUGCAAAGAUGACUGCAAGAGCACAGUGCAGAAUGCUCAAUGAGGUUAAGAAGAAUCCUAGAGUGUCAGCUAAAGACUUACAGAAAUCUCUGGAACAUGCUAACAUCUCUGUUGACGAGUCUACGACACGUAAAACACUAAACAAGAAUGUUGUUCAUGGGAGGACACCACGGAAGAAGCCACUGCUGUCCAAAAAAACAUUGCUGCACAUCUGAAGUUUGCAAAAGUGCACCUGGAUGUUCCACAGCGCGACUGGCAAAAUAUUCUGUGGACAGAUGAUACUACAGUUGAGUUGUUUGGGCCUGGACAACUUGCUAUCAUCAACAGCCAAAUGAAUUCCCAAGUUUAUCAAUACAUUUUGCAGGAGAAUGUUAGCCUAUCUGUCCUCCAAUUGAAGCUCAACAGAAGUUGGGUGAUGAAACAGGACAAUGACUCAAAACACAUAAGUAAAUCAACAACAGAAUGGCUUCAACAGAAGAAAAUAUGCCUUCUGGAGUGGCCCAGUCAGAGUCCUGACCUCAACCCGAUUGAGAUGCUGUGGCAUGACCUCAAGAAAGCAAUUCACACCAGACAUCCCAAGAAUAUUGCUGAACCCAAACAGUUUUGUAAAGAGGUGGUCCAAAAUUCCUCCUGACCGUUGUGCAACUACAGAAAACAUUUGGUUGAGGUUAUUGCUGCCAAAGGAGGGUCAACCAGUUAUUAAAUCCAAGUGUUCACAUACUUUUUCCAUCCUGCACUGUGUAUGUUUAUGCGGUGUGUUCAAAUAAAGACAUGAUAAUGUAGAAUUGUUUGUGUGUUAUUAGUUUAAGCAGACUGUGUUUGUCUAUUGUGACCUGGAUGAAGAUCAGAUCAAAUUGUAUGACCAAUUUAUGCAGAAAUCCAGGUAUUUCCAAAGGGUUCACAUACUUUUUCUUGCCACUGUAUGUCUAUGGAUGUUAUAUUCCUGCAUUAUGGGAAAUGUUGGGUUAACAAUAGACUCAAACUACGAAUCUGACCAGUCCUGACCCUCUCCAAGUACCAUAAGUGGUGUAAGGAGAAUGAAAAAAAUAUUGUUCAACCAAUGUUAUAUUUGGCCCACAAAUAUUUAGCAUUUAUAAUCACAUCUAUUGACUAUGUCACAAUUAUUGCUUGAUAUCUGAGUUCAAUUCUUAUUUUCAAAAGCAUUAUUCCCUUUUCUGUUAUAUUUAUCUUUGUGUUUGAAGAAGCUGCUUAGUAUGACCUUUGGUGACAUGAUGUUCGGUAACUGUUUUGUUUGCACUUAUACCCUCAAAGUUUUCAGUCUUACAGAUGCUUAUUUAAUUGUAGCCAACACUGUUCAGUCGUAAUUGAAUUUGCAUAGGUUUAUCCUUACAUUAUUUGAUAUUGUAGUAAGCUGCUAUGCCUUCCAAUGCCUUACAUAUCUGUUAAUGUUUGUGUAUUUUGAAUUGAAAUCAUCACAAAAUAAGAGAGCUUAGCAAUCAGUGUUUGAAAAAUGCGUUUUUGGAAAGCGAUCCACAAUCUUACUUAAAUGAUUUAUGCUUCUGCCAAAUAUUUGUGUUAUCUUAUCAUGUUCGUGUCUUGGAGAUUGAAUGUAAUUGACUGAAUCAAUAAUGCUUACUGAAGGAAUUUAAGCAUAUUUUGAAAUGCAUGUGCAGUAUCUACAACAAAAAUUUGUUUUUAAAUAUAGGCCUCUACAAGCCAUCUAGGUAUGUUUUUGCAAUUUAUGCUUUGCAUUUAGGCCUAAGGUUCAGUUCCAAAUGGACAUACAUUAUGUCAUAUUCACAUACCACAAAAUGUUACCGGAUAUUUAGUAAAUAUGACAUAAUUAGAAUGACCGCAAAUACAAAGAUGCACUUGAUCGGAGCACGAUGGUUUAUAGAUUAACACUGCCAUUGUGAUAUUGAUGAAAAUGUAUCAUAAGUAUUUAAUUUCAUUCUGAGACCAAAACCUUCUGUAAGCUGUAGUUGUGAUGAGAGUCUGCUUAUGGAACCUGCUUCAGUUCCCAUUGAACCACAACUGUUUGGAAAGUCUUGUACAAUAAAUAAAAAUAAAGUUUAUUACAAAUG